UUUUUUUGUCGAGGAGCCUUGUGUUCAAGAGACAGAUUCGAUUUUUGCUAGCAGUGGAAGCUAGAAGAGCACCCCUGCAUACAUUCUAACCUGCGUUUUCAAGCAAAUCAGACUUCCCGUCCAUUAUAGCUGCGUAAUGUCGUCUGAAAAUCUAUCAGAUACUCAGAUGGAAUAUGAGGAUGAAAAACAGGACUCUCAGGAAAAGAAUGCCAACCUUGUGAAGGGCGAAGAGGUCAAGCUGAAGGCCAAGUACCCCGGCCUGGGCCAGAAGCCUGGAGGCUCUGACUUCCUCAUGAAGAGGCUACAGAAAGGGCAAAAGUACUUUGACUCAGGCGACUACAACAUGGCCAAGGCCAAGAUGAAGAACAAACAGCUGCCCGUGGCGGGGCCCGACAAGAACCUCGUCACAGGGGACCACAUUCCCACGCCACAGGACCUGCCCCAGAGGAGGUCCUCCUUGGUGACCAGCAAACUAGCAGGCUAGCCUAGCCUCCACCCAUCCACCAGGCCCCUAGCUAACGUCCCUCACCUGUCCCCCAACGAUGUUCCUCCCUAGUCAUCUCCAGGCUCCACUUGGCUUUAACGUAUCGGGGAGAGCUGUGAAAGUCAGUACAUAUUGCUUGUAUGUGGGUGGGUGGGGAGGGGAGGGGAGGUGAGCUGGGACCUUAUCUACCAUCUCUCCACACAGCUCUGCCCUCUGCACACUCUGCUCUACCGCCUCCCUUAUGUCUUGGUUUGGUGUUCAGAGGUACAUAAAGUAGAUGUGCCAUCGGGGAGGCUGAGUUUAAUGCACUUUGUAUUAUGUACAGUAUGUUUUUGCAUCCCGAACGACACCCAAAUAUGUUGUUGACGAGGGAGUUAGGAACCAUGAUCGCUCCACAUUUUUCGAUGUUGUGUUCUCGUCAAAGCUGGGGGUAAAUGUUUGCGUAUUUUGCUUGCACACCAAAUCUGGGAGGGAAGGGAACCAUGGUGAAGUGUCCAAAGGAAGGGAGUGGUAAUCAGAGGGAAAUGUGAAAACUGAUUUGAGGUUUCCUUUAUCUCAUGUUUUGUCAAACACAAAUCCAAGGUCGUCCACGUUGACCUGACCGAACGGAUAUGAAACUACACAUUUUCUGCUAAUGUCGCUUUAAUUCUUGACUCCCUGUUGCUCUUCUUUUUCUGAAUAUGCUGCAUGAUCGUAACAUGUAACAAAAUGUGCAAAUCUGGAGGGGUUAGACGACUGAUAGGAAGUAGCAAGCAACCAAAUGGAGCCCUGGAAUGUCCAUGGUCACUGUCCACUCCUUCCUUCCUUCCCUCUCAAUGUCCUGACAAUCCACACACUCUGUCUGUAGGCUGCCCAUGGCGAAAGCAAUGCCACAGCAAACUGAAUACCCAUGUAUCAUUUUAAGGCUGGGAAAAGAGGCAACUGUUUAAUACUAAAUUUCAGUACUGUGGCUAUUACAUCAAAAAGCCUAAAAGAUUUGUUGGGGAUAAAUUCAAUGUAUAUUUCUGUAUUAUGUUGAGAAAUUUGACAUUUGGUAUGAUUUGUGUCUUUAUAAUGGGUUAUUGUUUGUUCAUUGUCACUUAUUAGCCAUUUACUAGAAUCUGGCUCUUUUCACUGUUAAUGGCAGUUCCUGUUGAGAAAUUCUUCCAGUAACAGAAGAUUACAGCCUAGUUCCCAAUUACAUUAGUUGCUAAACCUCUCCUCAGGCUCUCCUUCAAAUUCAACGUAGCAAGAGCCUCACAGCGUACUGCUAAAGCAUAUAGCCUUACGUGUUGACAUUCUAAAUAUACAAAUCUGUGAUGUCAGUAAUGGGGUAAACAGUCGGCCACCUGAUAAACUGGCCCUGACUGGACCCUGGCUCACACAGACCUAACUGGGACACACAGUGUGCUUUAAAGAUAUGCUCACUUGACACAUGGCAAAGGGAAGGGAUUUGAUGACAUGAGGAGAGGGGGUAAAGUGUGAGUGUGUAUUUAGUUGACCCUGCUCACACCUGUUGGGAUGGUUCAACUUGCAAAAUAAUUAUGGUCAGAGGUGUGUUAGAUAAAUCAUACAAAAGUGAAAUGCAUGCACCCUGGUUUAAAGGUCAGAGGUUGUAGGCUAUGUUAUCACUGAAUUAGUUGUCCUAUCUCAAUGUAUCACACACUCCACACAAAUGCUAAAAUACACACUUGAGCACUCCCAUCUUGGGAUUAUUAGACACUGCCCUGUGUCAAAUUGCAGGGAAGAAGAUAAUUGGCAUUGAGUGUGGUUGUCUGGGUUAGUAUGAAUGUGCUGCUUUUCUCUGUCCCAGCCGGUGUAAAUAGACUUUUGAGGGUGAGGAUUCUUUAUUUUUAUUAUUGAUUUCACUACUUGUAGUUCUCUGAUUCAGUGGUUCCUUUCUCCUGUCAGUGAAUACACUACUUCUGCUUUAACCAUUUUUUUUUAAAUACAGAGACAAAUUAAUCUGUAUAAUAUGAAUAUGUGUAAAUGCUGCUGAUUCAGUUGAUGACUAAUCUUAAACUAACAUAUUACCCCAUAAAGAACGUCUGUCCUAGGAUUCAAACAAUCGGACCCAAGCCUACCAUGAAUAAUGUCUGCCAAUGGGAGACUGACUAACCACUCCAGGGUUGGGGGUCUAAUUCCAUUUCAAUUAGGAUAUUAAUUGAAAUUCUACCCAUGAUCAAUGCAAUCCAUUUUGGGAACUGGCCAGCUGGAGUUUAAAUGGGAUUGACCCCAACUUGUUACUUGACUUUGAACAGAAAGACUGUGCAGAAUCCUAAAUAAUUGUAGCCUGCCAUUCCAGGCUUAUUAAAGUGUCAAAUAAUAUAACUGGAUAUGCUGAAAUGAAGGUUGUUGAAACAACAGGAGAGGAAUUAUUGAUUGCUAUGUUUUUGUGCACUGUCUAGCUUUGUAUGGAGCAAUGCAAUGAGCAAGGUAUGUUAAAAUACCAAGUGUCCUGUUCAACCAUGAUAAGUAUAUGCCAGAAUGUAAGCAAAUUUAAAAUGACUGUGUGCUCUAAAGUACCUUGUGCUGCUUACCUAACCUGUUUUUGUUUUGCAUACAUUAAAGAUGUUUUAGUGUUCUCUUACUCACUGCAUAACUACAACAAAAGUUUAUCCUGGCCCAAGAUAACUGCAGGGAUAUCUGGAGCACCCUUGCUCCCAAUAACUGGGGGGUUUACAUAAGGAUAUGCUGAUUGUGGAACAGGAGACAAAACAAAAUAUUGAUUUUAAGAAAUUAGAAAGUACAUGAGUACUAAUUGUUUCAAUUGUGUGGAAGUAGUGGAGCGAAUUUGUCACUAUUUGAAAUAAACUUUUACAUGAAUAUUAA